AUGUCAGAAAUGUUUGAAGAUUAUAUUAUUCAAUCAAUUGACAGUAACGAGAAUACGAAUAAUGAUGACGACAUGAAUAGAUUAGAGGCUCAGAUAAUUGAACAUUUAUCAUCAGACAUAUCCAAAUUAGCAAAAUUAUUUGCUGCAUUCUCUACUGAAAUUCUUCAUAGCGAUAUAUAUGGAAUGAUUGAUUUAAGGCCAUAUAAAUUAGCUGGCAUUAAUACAUCAGUAUUAAAUGCUGGAAUAUUUUCUAGAGCUGGUAACCAAGUUAAAUUAUCUCAAAUAAUAAGGCAUUUAAGAUUUCUUAAUGAUACUAAUUUUAUUGAAGAAUAUAAUAAAAGGAUUGAUAGGGUAACAAACAAAAACAACAUUUAUAAUGUUAUGAUCAAUUCCAUAGCAAGUAACUUGACACCUUUUGGCGAUUAUCCUACCACAUAUGAUAGAACAUGGUUAGAUGAAAAUAUAUCAUUUGUUCAAUUGAUUUAUCGAAAUUUAGGUGGUAAUGAUAAGGUCAAACAGCGUACAUUCGAUCGGAUUGAUCCAGCAAUUAUACCAAGUUUGACAGAAAUGCAUAGAAACAUUAUUAAGUUUAUUCCUUUAGGUGAUAGGGUGCUUGAAUUUAGGUUUGAAAAGGGUAAAGUGAGGAUCACGAAACUUUUUAUACAUCCACAUUGGAUUGAAACUUUGUGGAAUAUUGUAUUGCUUGAAAUGAGAUCAAAAUGUAAACCAAUAGUUGGUACCUUAACUUGCUUUUAUGCUGGCAUAAUAAAAAGCAAAGAAGAUUUCAAUCUUGCACAUGAGCUUGGCAUUAUUUACAGUGGACCAAUGAAUUUCGCUCGAUUUCAUGAGAUUAUUUCUAAACUUUCUGAAAU